AUGCUUGCGCCUCGGCUGCUGCGGCGGCUGUGGGGCCCCCGCUGCUGUUGCUGCUGCAGCUGCUGCUACCGCAGCACACAUCCCGCCCUGCAGCAGCAGCAGCAGCAGCAGCAGCUCAUAUUGGGUCUAGCAGCAGCAAGGAGGAUCUCUAACUCCACUGAAAAGGGACAGAUAGAGUCGCAUCAGCAGCAGCAGCAGCAGCAGCAGCAACCAGCAGAGGCACCGCUGCAGCAACCGCAUCAGCAGCAGCAAAUGCAGCAACUACAGGAGUCAGAGCAGCGGGAGCAGCAACAGCAAGAGCAGCAGCAGCGGCAGCAGUUGCUGCUGCCUCCUGCUGCAGCAACAGGGCCCUUGCCGGUGAUGAGUUACCUCUCUGCUGAAGACCUGCAGCUGCUGCUGCCGCAGCAUGCAAGUACUGCUGCUGCUGCUGCUGAGGCUGCUGCUGAUACUGUUGCUGCUUGUGGGGCCCCACAUCUCUCGUGCGAGGGCAAUGAAAAGACAGCAGCAAAAGUGCAGCUUCAUAGGAAGCCUGCCUCCGAAGCAGCAGCAGCAACAACAACGGCAGCAGCUGCAGGAACAGCAGCAGCAACAACAACAGCAGCAGCAGCAACAGCAGCAGCUGCUGCGCCUUCUGGUCAUCCUCCUUCUACUCUUUCAGUGCUUGCUGCUGAUCCUCACGUUGCAACUAUUGCUGCUGCUGCACCUGCUGCUGCUGCAGCACCUGCUGCUGCUGCGCCUGCUGCUGCUGACGUGUAUCGGGCGGGAGUAUGCAGUGCAACAAAUUCAGCAGCAGCAGCAGCAGCAACAGCAGCAGAUUCACCUGCUGUUGCUUCUGCUGCAGCUGCAGUAUCCGAUGAAGUUCUGCUGCUGCGUAGAAGCCGAAGCAAAAAUAUUUAUUCAGGAGAAGAGGAGCUGCUGCUGCUGGAAGCAGCAGCAGCAAACUGCGGCGUUAUGUCCCCAACUUCAGGGUUUUUGCUGCGCCGAGCAGCGCGGCGUGUGUCGGGGACGGCUGAGUUGCUGCAGCCGCAGCAGCUGCUGCGGGCGUUGCAAGCAGCAGCUGCUGCUGCAGUUGUGAAUCCACCUGCUGCAGAUCUUUUGCUGCUGUUGCUGCAGCAGGUGCAGCAGAAGUUGGCGUAUUUCUCAAUAGAGGAGUGCGUGCUGGUGCUGGAGCUUAUUGCUCGCUUUGCUGCUGCACCUGCAGCAGCAGCAGCAGCAACUGCAGCAACUGAAGCAACAACAACAGCAGCAGCAGCAGCAGGAGCUUCUUCAGUUCAGGCUUGUCCCCUUCUGCUGCACGAAGUGCCCUGGUCAACCAGCGCGAGCAGCAGCAGCAGCAGCAGCAGCAGCAGGCUUCAGGAGCACCUCCGGCUAAGUGUUGCUUUGCUGCAGCAGCGGAUUGUUAACGAAGCAGCAGAACUACCGCUGCAGCAGCUGCUGAGGGUUAUGAAGUUAUAUAAAGUUUUCUUCUUAUAUGGACCUUCUAAGGCGCUGGUCGCUACGUUGCUGGAUGCGGUGUACAUACAGCUGAUCCAGCAGCAGAAGCAGCAGCAGCAGCAGCAAGUGCAGCAGCAGGAUGCAGUCCCCGUGCUGCUGCAUGUUGCUGAGUUUGCUGCUGCAGUGCUGCAGCAGCACCUGCCAUCCCCAACGGACGUUGUGCUGCUGCAACACCUGCAGCAAGCAGCAGCAGCUUCGCGUGAUACCUCAGCAGGAGAAGCAGCAGAAGCAGCAGCAGCAGAAGCAGCAGCAGCAGCAAGGGGGCUGCCGCUGCUGCUGCUGCUGAGGGUUUUUUGUUUCUGUGGCGGCCUUCUGCUGCAGCAGCAAAAUGCAGCUGCAGCUUCCAGCCUCCCUCCGCAUGUUGCUUGCAGGGCUUGUGAAGUGGAGGCUGCAGCAGCGGAUGCUGCAACAGCAGCAGCAGCAGUUGCACUCCUCAGUGCUGUGGCUAUUCGCCAGCAGCAGCAGCAGCAGCAGGAACAGCAGCAGCAAGAACAGCAGCAGCAGCAGCAGCAGCAAGAACAGCAGCAGCUGCAGCAGCAAAGGGACAAGGCCCUUAGUGUUGCUUUGCCGCUGCUGCUGAGGUGUUGCGGGUUUCUGACUCUGCAGCAGCUCACCAUAGUCUCUGAGUGCCUGGCUAUACUCCGACUGCAGCACCAACUUGCAGCAGACAUGUUUGCUGCUGCUGCUGCUGCUAGCCUUCCACAGCACCACUGCAGUGCUGCUGCUGCUGCUGCUGCUGCUGCCCAAGGCCCUGCUGCAGCAGCAGCAGCAGCAGCAACAGCGCCAGACGCCACCCUUUGGACUCUCCGUGCCUUUUACGUUGGCCUGCUGCUGCUGCAGCAGCAGCAACAGCAGCAGCAGCAGCAGCAACAGCAGCAGCAGCAAUGCCAGCAACUGCAGCAGCAGCGGCAGCGCAAGAAGCAGCAGCAGCAGCAACGGCAGCAGCAGCAGCAAUACGACUUCCAGCAUGAAGCAGCACUGUCAUUCUUCCGCAGCUCGCUGGGAGCAGCAGCAGAAGCAGCAGCAGCGGCAGCAGCAGAAGCAAAGCCAGCAGCAGCAGCAGCAGCAAAUUCACUUGGCUUUAGUUUCAACGGGCUGCUGCUGCGGCAUCUGGCUAUAGGGAUAGACAGCCAAGUGCUGCUGCUGCAGCGCAUGCAGCAGCAGCAGCAGCAGCGAGAGCAACAAGAACUGCAGCAGCAACAGCUGCUGCAGUUGCUGCAUUCAUCUUUGCAGUCACUGCGCUUGUAA